AAUUGAACCAAAUGUACCAAUCCACAAAAAAACCAAAAAAACAAAAAUGGAAGCUCCAAAUUUCAUAAAAUUGUUCUAUUUCUUAACUUUUUUUCUUACCAUUUUAUUUAUAAUUACAUCUGUUAAUAGCCAAUCACAAUGCAAUGAUACAAUAGCUAAAUGUAAUGAAGAUAUGGAGUUUUUAAUGGAAUCUGAAAUUAGCAAAAGAUUUCUUGCAGAAAGAAAAAAAUAUAUUUCUCCUGGAGCUUUGAAAAGAGAUCAACCGGUUUGUAACGGCGGUGGAAGCGGUCAACCGUAUUCGCGGAGCUGCCUUCCGCCGCCGUCGAAUCCGUAUAGUAGAGGUUGUUCUAAGUAUUAUCGUUGUAGAGAUGAUCCUGAAUGAGUAUAUGAAUUUAAUGUUUAUAUUUGUGUCUACUUAUACUUAUUAUAAUGUUGUAUUGUUGUUGUGAUUUAUGAAUGAAUUUUGCUUUUUGG